ACUGUCCUUUGAAAAAUGGCCGAGUCAGCCGACCACAAGGAACUGUUAGAAUUAAAUCAGGACGAGGCUGGCAGUAACGCAAUGAUGGUGGAGACCGGGGAACGGCCCGAGUCCGGGGGACAGGCCGAGUCCGGGGGACAGCCUGAGUGCGGGGAACAACCCCAGUGCAGGGAACAACCUGAGUGCGGCGAAAAUGUCGCCGCCGGGCCUGGAGAUGAUGGGGAGUGUGGCGCUGCAGCUGCUGCUGGCUCUGGGGAAGAUGCGACAAAAAGUGAAGCUGCUGCUCAGAAUCCAGACCCAGAGCGUCCGAAAGGACUCAUAGGUCAUUUCUUAGAUACAGAUUUCGUUGAAAGCCUGCCUAUGAAAGUUAAGUGCCGUGUGUUUGCCCUCAAAAAGCUGCAAACUAGGGCGGCCAAUCUAGAAUCCAAAUUCCUGAGAGAAUUUCACGGUAUUGAAAGAAAAUUUGCUGAAAUGUAUCAACCCUUACUGGAAAAAAGGCGCCAGAUCAUUAACGCAAUCUACGAGCCUACAAAAGAGGAAUGUGAGUAUAGAUCAGACUCUGAGGACUAUGAUGAUGAAGAGAUGUAUGAUGAAGAAGAGGUGCAUAGAAGUAAGGGUAGAAUUCAGGAAUACAUGGAUGACGAUUAUGGGUAUGAGGAAGAUUUUUAUGAUUAUGCAAUUGAGGAGGUGGAGGAGGAUGAUAGCGAUGAUGACAGUGAUGAUGACAGUGAUGAUGACAGUGAUGAUGAUAGUGAUGAUGACAAGGAAGAGGAUCCUAAAGGAAUUCCUGAUUUUUGGCUGACUGUCUUAAAAAACGUCGACACGCUCACACCUCUAAUUAAGAAAUACGACGAGCCGAUUCUGAAGCUCCUGACAGAUAUUAGGGUGAGGUUUUCAGAUGCCGACGAGCCUCUCAGUUUCACCUUGGAAUUCCACUUCAAACCCAAUGAAUAUUUCAAAAAUGAGCUGCUCACCAAAACCUAUGUGCUGAAGACAAAGCUUUCAUAUUAUGAUCCCCAUCCCUUCAGGGGAACUGCGAUUGAGUAUUGCGUAGGCUGCGACAUUGACUGGAAUGAAGGGAAGAACGUCACUUUGAAAACCAUCAGGAAGCAGCAGAAACAUCGGAUCUGGGGAACAACCCGAACUGUGACUGAAGAUAUCCCCAAAGAGUCAUUCUUCAAUUAUUUUUCUCCUCGUGGGAUCAGUUCAGAUGACAGGGAUGGAAAUUGUGAUUUUUUGCUUGGUCAUAAUUUUCGUACUUACAUAAUCCCAAGAUCUGUAUUGUUCUUUUCAGGUGAUGUGCUUGAGUCUCAGCAGGAGGGUGUCAUUAAGGAAGUUAAUGAUGCAAUUUAUGACAAAAUUAUUUAUGAUAAUUGGAUGGCUGCAAUUGAGGAGGUUAAAGCCUGUUACAAAAAUCUUGAGGCAAUGGUCGAAGACCUUGAUCGCUAAAGCAGAGUAACAUGACUCUGCAAUUUACUGCCAUGGAUCUAGUCACACAAGAUAAAAAAAGUUAUUUGCCACUUGUGUUUUGAAUUUUUCUUGUAGUGUCAGUUAAAACGUUUCAAAAACUAAGAGAAGUUGAAAUACUAAUUCAUUUUACCUUACAUUUGUUAGUGAAAUGCUUUCAAGACCUCAAGCUCUCUGUGCUUUUUUUCAGGUGAUGUAUUUAAGUCUCAGCAGGAGGAGGUCAUUAAGGAAGUUAAUGAUGCAAUUCAUGACAAAAUUAUUUAUGAUAAUUGGAUGGCUGCAGCUGAGGAGGUUAAAGCCUGUUACAAAAAUCUUGAGGCAAUGGUCAAAGACCUUGAUCUCUAAAGCAGAGUAUCAUGACUCUGCAAUUUACUGCCAUGGAUCUAGUCACACAAGAUAAAAGUUAUUUGCCACUUGUGUUCUAAAUUUUUCUCGUAGUGUCAGUAGUUAAAACGUUUCAAAAAUUAAGAGGAGUUGAAAUAUUAAUUCAUUUUACCUUAUAUUUGUUGGUGAAAUGCUUUCAAGAUCUCAAGCUCUCUGUGCUUUUUUUCAGGUGAUGUAUUUAAGUCUCAGCAGGAGGAGGCCAUUAAGGAAGUUAAUGAUGAAUUUAUGACAAAUUAUUUAUGAUAAUUGGAUGGCUGCAACUGAAGAGAGUAAAGCCUCUUGCAAAUAUCUUAAGUCAAUGGUAGAAGACAUUGAUUAUUAAAGCAGAGUGUAUAUGACUCUGCAAUUUACUGCCGUAGAUCUAGUUACACAAGAAAUGUUAUUAACCACUUGCGUUCUGAAUUUUUCUUGUAAUGUCAGUUUAAAACAUGUUUCAAAAAUUAAAGAGAAGUUGAAAUGCUAAUUCAUUUUUGAAAUUUGUUAGUAAAAUGCUUUCAAGAAAUGUAGACUGUGGUAAAUGAUUUAAAAUAUAUUAAUAUAGUGUGUAAUUUAAUCCUUCUGUUGCCCUUUGUCAUGUGGUAAUUUAUCUGUGAAUAUUACCAGAACUGCCAAAUUAGAUAAACAUGUGUUUGUAAAGUAAAUCUUGGAGAAUCGCUCCAAGGUAUUUUGAUGCUCUUCUUGUUUAUUUGCUGUUUGUGUUUUCUUAGUCCUGUAGGUAGCGGGUUUGAUAUUUUUGUGCUUGCUUCAUUUUACUAUAUAAAUGCAGUGCAAUUUACAACGUGAAUGCUUAAGAAGCCUGCAUAUAGUUAAGAAUUUCAGGCAAAGACAUAUUUGUUGUUAAUACUAAUAGCUUGUCUUGUAGGCUUUUGCAUUUUAUGUAACAAAAAUAAAAUGAAACGUAGUCAUAUUAAAGCUAAAUGUUUAUCAGAGAAGUGUUAAUCACAGUAUUUUGAAGAGUGCCAUGUCUUGUUCUCUGUAAUUGUGUAAGCUGUAAUUAAAGUGUUUAAUUUAUCUUUUCCUAUAGUAAAAGUAAAUAUAUCAUUCAUCUAAAGUGACCACUUUACAUUUUGAAAGUAGCUUUCAUGUACUUCCACUGCAAAAUAAAAUUAACAAAAACUUCA